CGUGAAGUGAACGAACCCCGUCAAGUCAUCCGCUAUCACGACACGAUGAUCCCCACCGAAGAUGACAUCGUCAAAUUCGUCUCCAUCGCCUCCAAUGCCACCGAGGGCACUGCGCUGAGGUUUCUGCAGGCAAGAUAUGACUCUUACCCACUUGGACAUACAUAAUCAUGGGUGUCCCGACCAGCAAGUGAGCGGGUUUGCUGAUCUGUGGCUCGUUCGUUGGUUGAAGGCGGCGGAUAACAUCGACGACGCGCUCACGCAGUAUUAUGAGAACCCCAAUAAGUACUCGCAUGGCCUGUUUCCGAGCGAGGAUAGUCCGCAGAUUUCGACCCAGGAGACUUGGACGUCCGCGCCGCUGCCUCCGCCGUCGUAUCAUGAGGUCUUUAGCAUCCAGAAUAAUCUGCCCGUUCAAACACAUACCAACAAGGUCAUUGAGGCGGCGAACGUCCGCGCCCAGGAUGAGCAACAAAUGCAGAACAUGCUCCAGCACACCCAGCGCGUGUGUAUGAUCUACAAUUCCGAUAUCGAGCCAGAGCACGAUACCCAGAAGACUAGCUGCUCGUGCGAAGUUCACCAGUACAUGUACAAGAAGAUGAAGCGAUUGAAGGUCCAGGAGAUGUGGUCUAAGGCUGUCAUGUACCCAGGAGAAAGGGCCUACCACGACUGCUUCUCAGUCACCGUAUUUAGCGGCAAUCCCUACAGCACCGUCAUAUCGCCGUAUGGGCUCAACCCCUGGGAGUUCCAGAGACCCAAUCCAACGUAUUACUCCAAGGCCGUUCAGCAAACCAUUCAACUGAACACGACCCUCAACGCGAAAGCCCAAGCCGCCGUCAAUGACAUGGAACCGAAAUACAACAUCUGGGAGACAGACGAGCCCGACGCGCCCGCAGCGGACGACGCCCAGCCAGCCGCAGCCAGCGAGCCACCCAAGGCCUCGAAACUCGCCGGGCUCAAAAAAGCCCUAUCGAUGCGCGCCUCUGAAGGCCGCUCCAUCCUGAGAACUGAAAAGUCCAACCUCCGCCACCGCGACCUCUGCGCCGAAAUCCUCUCCGAAGAAGCCGGGCGCUGGCCCGACGCCGGAUGGCGCGAGAUCGUCUCAACCUACCAGGCCAAAGUCGGGAUGACGGAGAAAAUCGCCGAGCUGCGCGCAAAGCGUCCCCUGCAGUACCUCCACCUCCUGCGGGCGGGAUACUUCGAGCCCAUCCCGGUGUCGUGGGCGAAUCGGGUCUCCAACCCGCUGAAGUUCCGGGUCGAUGCGCAGGCGGGGUGGAGGGGGAUCACGCCUGCGUGGAGAGGAUAUGAAGAUACGGCGGAGGAGCGGCUGUAUUGGGUGUUGAACCAUCGGGCGGGCAAUACGGGGACUCGCCUGAAGCCGGAUUUCAUUUCGGCGCUGGAUCUGGCCAGGGCGAGGAUGGAGUCGGCCGUGGAGCCGCCGCCGGAUUACUUCUCGGCGGAUGAUGCCUGCCAUGUGCUGCAUACGUCGGAGGGGUAUUCGAGGCAGGUCAUGCCGGCGCCGUUUCGCGCGGUCGAUAUGCCCGAGGACGCGACGGAUAAUACCAUGAUACUGUUGGAUGUUUCGGGCUCGAUGGAUUUCCAGCCCAUGAGGCCGACAUAUGAUAAGUAUCUUAUCACCGGGUGGGAGAAGUCGACGCAGCCGAAGAAUAAAGAACUCGCCAAAUCCAUCAUUCGCCGCUUCACAGACGCCAUGACCAACCACGACAACAACGCAAUCGGCUACCAACUGGUCACAUUCGCCAGCACAGCCUCCUACAUCGGCUACAUCAACCACUAUAACUUCCCGUCCACCUGGGACAGCAUUAAAGUCGGCGGUGGAACGCGCGUCAUGACCGGCUGGCAAAAGGCCAAGGAGUUGCAUUUCCAGCGCCACCACGAGUCCGCUACCUACCAUCCUGUGUAUGGGUGGCAGGCGGGGCCCCGCACGCCUAUGCUCAGGUUGCUUCUGCUCCUGGACGGUGAAGCGACGGACAUGGAUGAAUUCGAGCUUGAGCUGUUGGGGCUGUCGUGGGUGCAUGUUACGAUCUUUUUGAUCGGGGUGGAUGGGUGUCCGCAUCACCAUCGCCAUGCGAAUGAGCUGCAGCGCAUUAGUGAGGUCAAUCCCCAUGUGUCGUUUGUGGAUGCACAGGGGAAUACUCCGGAAAGGUUUGUCACGCAUGAGUUGUUGAAGAGGCAUCUGGGGUAUGAUGUUAGUAUGUCGGAGUUUGAGGCGUUGGAGAGGAGGGUUAGUGCGCAGCCGCCGGGUUAUACGGAGUAGGUUGAAUGGGGUUGUUUUUGCGGAAGGGGGUGUCUUCG